AUGAUCUAAAUAGAUAUGUAGCGGGAGUGUGAGACAAGGUACUAUUCUGCAUAAAAACAAACAAAUUAUUCUGAUUAUGAAGACGAAUAAUGCAAUAAUUAAACUGGAAGCUGUGCCUGCACAUAUUAAACAGAUUUAGAAUUGAAUGGGAUGAGCCCAACCUCUCCUGUCACUCAUUCAUAAUCUUCUCCUUGUUUCAACAAUAAAUUUUCUUCUUCUCUAUCAAAGGAAUAAUUUAGUGAAGAUAUUUAAACAAAAAACAUCGAAAAUUAGCUUAAGAGCUUUUAGAUAGGCUAAUCCUUCUUAAACAACAAUAGAUUAUACUCAAAAAGUCAUCAGAUAUUGUCUCCCACUCCCUUAAAAGCCAUCAACUUAACUCAAACAUUUUUAUCAAUUUCUACUUCAAAUACUCUUUCCUGUUUAUAAUCUUCAGCUAUAUCUUCAAAAUCCUCAUCUUCAUCUUGUAUCUCCUGUUCCUGCCAGAAGUCUGAUAAUUAUAGAAGUUAAGGAUAGUUUUAUUAGAAUAACACCACUCAUUCUUUAAAUCAAUAGAAUACAGCUGAAAAUAAUUUGAAUCAUUCUUAAGAUGAGUAGUAUUUUUCAGUGGAAUCUGAUUAUUAAAUCAAAAAUAAAACACAGAAAGAUUUUCCAGAUUGUUUAAAAAUGAUGAACCAGACUUCAAGCUAAUUAGAAUAAAAUAUCUAAAAUAAAUUAAGCACAAGAGAAGUUGAUAACUAGGAUCUCCAUUAGAGUAUUAAUACUACAUCUUAGACACAAGAUUAUUAAGAAAAUUAUGAUAGUAUCUUGUUUGAAAAUCAUAGAGGAUAAAAAAUUAAAAGUAGGCUAUUUACAUAGAGCUAAAUAACUCAAUUUACAUUGGAAGAAAGUAAUAGUAUGAAUAAUUAAAAUAAGGAAAGAAAGCUAAAUUACAAUACUAACAUUUUUUCACAAUCAGAUUCCAACAUCUUUCAGUAAAAAGAUACCUAAUCAUUACCUAAAAACUCUAUCCUACACUCUUCCUCAUCAGCACCUCAGCCGACCAUAUUUAAUCAUGAAUUAUUUUAAGAUGAUAUCCUCAGCAUUGUUUAAUUAAUUGAAAGAGAAAGUGCUUAAAAUCCUCAAUCUAAAGAUGAAGAGUUUCUUAAUCUAAAUACAAGUUACUAUACUGAAGAGACAUUUGAAUAAUUUAAAGAAUCCAUACUUUCAGAUUUGUUAGAUAAAUCAUUUUGA